AUGAUAUUUCGUGGUCUGCCGUGGCUGUAUAGAAUGCAGCAAAGUUUACAAGUAAUGAUCGAUAUCGGUAUCAGUGCAAUCAAGCCAUCAGGAGAAAAGUUCAAUCCAAGUGUAAAGUCAGACUUUCCGCUUCCCAAUUUCAUUCCAGCUUAUCUAAUAGCAAUUGUCAUUACUCUGGCGAUCAUUAUCACUCAAUUACUUGUCAUGCUCGUUGCUAUUCGUCGAAAUCUUCUUCAAGUUUUUCGUGGUGAUGAUUGUGAAAUUCCGCGACGAACAUCUUCAGAUAGCAUCCAACAUGCCAGUGGCAAUGUCCAUUUUGCCGGCUAUUUCAUUGGAUAUCUUUUAUGGGGUUAUAUUCUUGUUGGAAUCAUUGCAUUCAUCAUCACACUGAUUAUGGGCUCACUUAUUCGCUUCGGUAGUGUUCGCUUUGUCGAACGCAUUCUCAAAAGUAUUAUUCCGCUUUUGCUUAUUAUCGCCUUCAAAAGUUAUUUGAACAAAAUUUUGGCUCAAUAUGUCUUUCUUCAACAAGCCGGCAAUGUUCUGUCGCUUGAAAAUCGACGUCUAUUCAUGGUAUUCGUUUAUUUCAACUUCUUUCUCGAUGCUUUUCUCGGUUUGGUAUCUUCUAUAAUGCGUAUAGGGCGAGGUAUUAUCGGUGGCAUUGUGUACAUGUGUCGGUUGGAUUAUGCAACGAUGGGACGAAAGUUAGAAACAAUGGAUGAAGGUUUCAGUGCUUACUGUGGUUUCAUUCAUAUGGAAUGUGCUCAUCGACAUCCGGUUAUGCUAUUUUUUGUCAGUCAUGUUCUGCGGCAAUAUCUCGAAUCAACGAAAAAAUUAUCCCGAGCACACCGUAAAUGGCAUAUCGCCGUCUUUUUAAUAGCUAAUCCGACGUUUGUCUAUCGACGAAAAGCAUUUCUUGAACAAUCAAAUAUGAAUGAAAAGCGUCUGAUGUUAAUUGGACUGAGAAAUCGUCGAAAGAUCUACGUUGAACAGCCAUUCAACAAAAUGACUCAGCAUGCUAGUGUUAUCUCGCAAAUUGAUCUGAACGAUUUGUCGCAACGACAACAAUUCUAA